AUGAUAAUGAAAACAGACGAUUUUGAAACGGCUCAUCUAUCAGCAUACUGCAUAGCUAAAAUUUCUGCGGAUAAAAUCGAAACAAAUCCAAAUUUAGCGUCGUAUUACUUUUCGAAUGCGCUAAAUUUAUUAGCAAACAAUAGCAAAAAAAGCAAUCAAAUCAUGGGACUCCAUAUGGUUAAGGAAUUCGCUUCCUUAUUGCCUACAUUUUUCAUAUUAAAUUGUGGAGAAAUCCAACAAACACUUUGGGUUCUUCUUUUUUCAAGUAAUACAGACGUCCAAAAUCUCGCAUCAGAGAUGUUUACGCAACUUUUCAUAACGAUGAUAAAGACUCACGCAUAUAAUUUAUCUACUCGAUUUCAAGAAGUAAUGAAUUCAUGUUUAAACCAUAUACACGAAUCAAAAGUCAAUUCGUUAUCUAGUGUUGCUUCUGUGAUGGCAGAAAUGUUACGAUUAAAGCCACAUUACUUCAAAUUGUCAUUAUAUGAUAUUUAUUAUACGAUUACACCAAAUAUACAACAGGCAAAGUCGAAAUUUAAACAAAAAUGCAUUUUAAUACGAAGUUUGUUGUCCGCAGUCGAACCUCCCGUAUUUCAUUCCGAAUUUUUCACGGAUGUAUUCAAUUUAUUGAUAACCAUGAUGCUAAAAUCAGAUUCAGUACCAACUAUAUGCGAAGCAUUCAGUAUUCUCUUAGAUUUCGUUCCAGAUCCCGUAAUUGAACAAGUUUCAGUAAUUUUAUCAGCAUGUAUCAAAAUUGUUCAAGAAAGAGAACUUCAGAACAUCAGAUCAGUACUUGGACUCCUUAAAAAACUGAUUAGCGUUGAUCCAAGCAUUAAUUUAACAAAAGGAAAAGAAAUCUGGCAAAUUGUGUCAGGAGUUUUGUUUACACCUAAUUUUCUGGAUUUAUUUCCUCUGUUGAAUACCUGCAACUCCACAUUCUGGGAUGAACAUUCUUCAGUAAUUAUCGAAAAAAUUUUAGUUGCUUUGGACGUUUUGUCUGAUUACUCGUUGCAUGCGCUUAAACUUAUACCAAUGUUACCACAAUUACCUGCCGUUCAGGUCCAGGAACUAGUUCCUCAAGUGAAGAAAUAUUUAUUUGCAAAAAAUGACGAGUUGAGAGCUGCUGCACCGAAAGCAUUACUUCAUAUCAUGUUCUCAGAUGAUCCCGUAGAGUUUUCAAAGGUUUUGAAGCAGUUAAUCGCAAUUGCAGCUUCAGAUACUUCUUUAACCGUCAGAAUUUCGAUCAUUUCUUCAUUUAGUAGCAUACAUUUUCCAUAUUUAGCACAUGAUCCAUUCCUUAAGUUCCUUAAGAACCUUGCUAACGACAAUUCCCCUCAAGUCCGAAGUUUUUGUUUCAAAGUUCUGAAAAACACGAGAAAAUAUUCACCAAUUGGGUCAGACGCAAUUCUUAGGAACGCUUUGAUCAAUGCUUUAUAUGCUUUACAGUGUUCUGCAUCAUCAUUCGAAAGAGCACAUGCAACAGACAGUUUGCCAGCUUUAAUUGAAGCAUCUGCUGUCUUAUUUCCUAUAUAUGCCACUACAAUGAUACCAAUCAUCAUCAAAUUAUUGUCAGUUCGAGGAUCAACGGGUUCUGUUAUUGGUUCUGAAGCCGAAACUCAACUGACAAUUAAUUUAAUUAAAACAAUACAAGGAAUAUUACAGGUUAACCACCAAACGAUAUCUCCGUACCUAACACAGAUAUUACCUAUAUUCACAACUCUCCUCAAAGAGUUCUCUUCAAAACAAAUUAAGAAAUUAGUUAUUGACACUUUGUCACUUUUUGUCAAAAAAACUGCAAGUACUGCAAACAUUUAUGGAAUUGCUCCUGAACUAUUGGAUGCAUUACUUAGUAUUGCUGCUCACAGUGACUCGAAAAGUCUCAAAGUUCGAGCACUUGAAUUUCUUGGACAAUGUGGAGCUGUUUCUCCACAAAGAAUUCCAUCAGAACAAUCAGGAACAUCGAGAGCAGAUGAUACAAUACAAUUAAACAACGGAACAUCAUCACAGAAUGAAUAUUACGGAUCACUAAUUUUCCCUAAAUUAAUGGAAAUGGUUAAUGACAAGUAUUUGACGAAUUUCAGGACACAAUCUUUGUCUACAGCCAUUACAACAUUAUCAAUGAUGUCUACACAAUCAUCAGAACAUUUAUCACAGAUUAUUCCUAUUAUCUUGAAUCAUAUAAUGAAUUCUGUUGAUUCAGCACGUGUUGAAUCAAUAAAACAAUUGAAAACAUUGACAUUAGUUGCAAAACAACAAAUGUUUCCUCAUGUUGAGUCGAUUCUUAAUUGUAUUUAUGAGCAAUGGGAAGCUCCUGACUUGAACUACUUCAUAGAUGUUAUUGCAAGUAUUGUUACUGGUUUGGGAAAUGAUUUUUUGCCAUUUUUGUAUCCUUUGGUUUCGAAAAUAAGAAGAUCGAUUUCUUCAAGUGUUUCUACUAAUCCUUAUUUGGCUAAUUCAUGUUUAACACUCUCUGCAACAUUGUCUGCUUAUUUCCCUUCUUUGUGUAAUUUGUUCAUCCCUCAAAUUUGCAAAACAAUUUCAUCUGUUUUUGUUUCAAAUAAUAUCAAAAUAACCGCUCUAAAAACUCUCAAGUUUUUGAUACAAAAAACAGAUCCGAAUCCAUAUGCAGGAUCAAUAUUUUCUGCUGUUUCAUUGAUGUGUGUUGAUAAGGAACCAGCCAUACAAAAUGUCUCUCUUUCUGUCUUGAGAACAAUGAUUAUAAUUAUUGACAAAAACAUCACUUACUACGCUCACAGAAUUUUUGAUGUUUUGCAAAAAGAUGAAAGAGCUUUUGAAGUUUUCGAUCAAAUAAUGACACAAAUGAAGCAAAACAUAAAGCCUUCAUUGGAUAAACCAGAUUUCCCUAAGAUAGAGAAAGUCACAGGUCCUUUAAUUGAUUCAUUUUCAACAACAAACAAUGAUCCAAAGAAUUUCGUGAAUUGUUUCAAUGACGAUAAAAUGUAUACUCCUAAACAUUGGCAAAAUUGGUACCAAAAUUUGAUAUCUACUUCCAUAUUGACAUCCCCCUGUUCAACAAUAAGUUGUUGCUCACAGUUGAGUUCCGUUCACAAGCAACUCGCCAUUUAUCUGUUUCCAGCCGCUUUCAGUUCAUGUUGGUCUAUUUUGAGUGAAAAAGAUCAAAUUAUUUUAUCAAAAAAACUUUCACAAAGUUUGCAAAAUCCACAGAUGCCAAACAAUUUGUUGCGGACACUUGUAAACUUAGUAGAACAACUUGAAAGAGUAGGAAAUGGUCUUCAAUUCGAUCCGAAGAGUUUCAUUAAUAUUUGUAUCAGAUCUCGAUCUCUUUCAUUUGGUUUGCAUCAUGUCCAAGAAUUUUAUAUGAAAGACAAGAACGAAAAAACACUUAGACAGUUCUGUAUCUUUCUAAGCGAAGUGAGUAAAACAAUAGAUAUGAAGCCAUUGAUGUCUAAACUCACUGAACCAAUAUCCAAAGAAUUCUUGAUUUCCUUGAAAAGAUGGGAUGAAGCAUUUCCUAUUUACAAAGAAAAACUGAUUGAAAACAAAGAAAAAUUAACAGAUCAAGAAUUCGUUGGAUACAUUUUCUCAGCACAAAACUUGUUCAAAUACAAAGAUAUAAUAGAGAAUAGUCCUUUAGUGUUAAGUGCCUACAAGAACACAUUGCCAAGAUUGUCACAAUGUUUUACACAAAGUGCUUUCUUCGCUGACCAAAGUUUGAUGAGUUUUUAUUCAUCAUUCAACUCGGAAGAGACAUUGAAGAACUUGACAACAAAGGCAUUCGCUCAGAUAUAUCUAAAGAAGUACGAUGAUGCCAGAAAAACAAUUAAAAAAGUUUACGAAAUCAUCGCAACGAAACAUUCAUUGAACUUCAAAUCUCCUUAUCCUGUAAUUUAUCCUUUGGUUGUAACUUGUCAAUAUUUGUAUGAACUCAAUGAAAUAAUUGAGACAAAUGGUAAUAUACCAAAAGAAGUCUGGAAACAAAGACUCCAGAACUGCGAGAGUAAUUCUGAUGUUUGGUGGAAUUUGAUUUUACCAAGAAUGAUCAUGAUGCCGGAAGAUCAACUCCAGUUCAACAAAUUCCUUGAAAUAACAAUAAAUGACAAGAAAUACAACAUGUUUGAAUGUUUCUUCGACUAUUUCUAUCCGAACUUUGACUUGUCAAACGCCGAUUAUGUUCUUUCAAACAUUUAUUUACAUUACAUGUGGUCGAAAAACGAAAGAGACGAAGUUUUGGAUAAAUUGGAAAAUAUCAUAUUUAGUAAUGAAAAGAAACAAGUCCAUUUCACGCAGAUCAUGAUGUACGUUGAGUACGUGCUAAACGAUGCUUUGUUUAACAACGAUUUACUCAAACAAUUGGAAGAAAUGCUGAAAGGAAUUUUGAAUUUGAGGAAAGCAGGAAUAACUCAAAAAUGGGCGAUUGUUAAUUAUUAUCUUUUCAAGAAUAAUCCUGAUGAAAAGGAAUACGCAAUAGAAGGAAUGAAAUCAUAUGCAAAUUGCUUACAAUUGCAGCCUUUCGUUGCUUUUAGUGAUAUUUGUGCUGUUCUUUCUCUUUUCUUCAAAAUUUGUUAUGACAAUGAUUUGUUUUUAACUGCAAUUAACUUCAUUAAAUCGAUUCCUCUCCAGAAAAUGCAAGAAGUUAUUCCACAGUUGUUCUCUUUCAUGUUCUCUCCAAACCAAAAUGCUCAACAGAUUGCUACUGGUUUGUUAUUGGAUAUUUACCAUUCACAGCCUCAUAAUGUUUUGAUGUAUUGCCAAUCUUUCUCUGACAUGAAUCAAAACAAUAUGAUUCUUUCGUCAAUUCUUAAUAUUUUCGCUGUGGAAAAUUCUGUUUUAUACACAGAAACUCUUUCAUUUAGAAAGUUAAUAACAAACGCAAGCCAAACAAUAUUUGAGCAAUGGCUGCAAUCUUCUAGAGAAUUAAUUAAUGCUUUGUUAACUGAUGAUCAAAUGCCGAAAUCCAAUUUCGAUCAUUUGUUUUAUAAAUUAAACGAAGCACACAUCAAAGAAAUAAUUAUGUUGAUGUCUUCGAAAGAACCGAAAUUCGUUGAUAACCCACAAGUAAGAGUUUCUCAAGUGAACAAAAGCGCUCAACAGAUUGCAUCCAAUUGCCAAGACUUCGUGAGAAGAUUGGAGAAAAUUAGAUUAAGUGAUGUAAUGAAUAACGCUCCAAACUUUGAGAAUUCAUCAUUGAUUAUUCCAGGAAUGUCAUCAUCAAAAGGACUUGCACUAGUUAAAGAUGAUUUGAUAGUUAUUCCUGUUAAAACAAGGCCGAGGCAGAUAACAUUAUUAGGAAAAGAUGGAAACGAAUAUAAUUUCCUAAUAAGAGGUCAAGAUUCAACAAUAUUUAAUGCAAGAGCAACACAGUUCCAGAUGCUAAUUAAACUGUUUUUAAGAAGAGCUUUAGGAAAUUCAGCUGAAUUCCCAUUGACAAUCAACAAUUUGAUACAGAUUUCUCAUAAUAUAUCAUUGAUACAAUAUUACAGAGAUUCACAAUUCCUUGAACAAGUCAUCACUAAAUACAGACAACAAAUACAAGUUGAUCAUCUCAUUGAAAUUAGAGAUAUCUCAAAUCUUACAACACAAAGAGUUGAUCAACUAAGACCAAUACAAAGACUUGAAGCCCUCAACGAGAUUCCAACACGUGAAGAUGAUUUAAGAAAGGCUUUAUGGGCAAUGAGUAGUUCCAGUGAUGAAUGGUAUGAAAAAUGCGAAGGUUUCUCUUCGAGCUUGUCUUAUACAAGUUGUGUUGGAUCUUUAGUUUGGUUGGGAGGCCGUUGUCCAUCUAAUAUAUUAGUUAACUCUAAGACAGGUGAAAUAACUCAUAUAGAUUUCAGUCUGGCUUUCAAAGGAGGAUUGAAAUUGAUUCAGUUCACUGAUGAAGUUCCUUUCAGAUUGACUCCAAUGUUAGUUUCUGCAUUAGGAAUUGGAGGUUUGAACACUUCUUUUAUACCAAAUUUCGUGAAGAUACAUUCUAUCUUUUCUGAUUUUUCUUAUUUGAUAUUACCAUCUUUUUAUUUAUAUGCGGAAGAACCACCUUUGCCUUUCAUUGGUCAGCCUUCGUUUGAGACAAAAAGAGAAAUUUUAGAUAAUGUUUUCGAUGUUUUGUACUCGCAAAAGGAAACACCUGAAUCAUACGUACAGCGGUUGAUUGACGCUGCUACUAACAAAUAUAGUCUGGCUAAACAACACUCAACAUGGCGACCAUUCUGGUGA